GCUAGAGCUCCGACCACUGCUUGCCGCUGUGCACAACACUCCCCGCCGAUACCCCAACGUCGUCAUCCACGCGUACUACUAGACACACGCAUUCCCAAUAGAACUGCAAGACUCUCACCAUGGCAUCCGGCUAUGAUCGCGCGCUCUCAGUCUUCAGUCCCGACGGCCACGUCUUCCAGGUCGAAUAUGCCCUCGAAGCCGUCAAGCGAGGAACAUGUGCGGUCGGCGUCAAGGGCGGUGACAUUGUAGUGCUGGGCUGUGAGAAGCGGUCGGCCAUGAAGCUCCAGGACACACGCAUCACGCCGUCGAAGAUCUGCCUCGUCGACAACCACGUCGCCCUCGCGUUUGCCGGACUGAACGCCGAUGCCCGCAUUCUCGUGGACAAGGCCCGCCUCGAGGCGCAAUCACACCGUCUGACGGUCGAGGACCCCGUGUCGAUAGAGUACAUCACCAAGUACGUGGCUGGUGUGCAGCAGCGGUACACACAGAGCGGCGGUGUCCGGCCGUUCGGCAUCAGCACACUGAUCGUCGGCUUCGACCCCAACGACAAGACCCCGCGCCUGUACCAGACCGAGCCCUCCGGCAUCUACUCAGCAUGGAAGGCAAACGCCAUCGGGCGAUCCAGCAAGACAGUCCGCGAGUUCCUCGAGCGCAACCACAAGGAGGGCAUGGACCGGGAAGAGACGAUCAAGCUAACGAUCAAGUCGCUGCUGGAGGUGGUGCAGACGGGCGCCAAGAACAUUGAGAUCGCCGUGUCGGCGCCCGGCAAGCCGCUCGAGAUGCUGCCGGUCGAGGACAUUGAGAAGUACGUGGAGAACAUCAACACAGAGAAGCAGGAGGAGGCGGCGAGCAGGAGACCAGGCCGGCCUGCGGGCAGCGGGGCACUUCCCACGCGCCCCACGCCGGCCGAGGGCUCCGGCGCCGGGGCUUAGAGGUUGAGGUUGAGGUUAAGCUUAGAGGGUAGUUACGAAUGACGGCACCAAAACGAACAGCGGCGUGGAGGUGGUAGACUCUAUUCAUGAUGACGAACUGGUGCAUGCACUGCACACGACUAAAUGUAUGGCAUAUCUAGCA